CAGCAGAACCCAAACUGUGCUUAUCCAGUAUGAAGAAAUCGAGAGCGAGAUCCCCAGUCCUGGCGUUUUGUUGCCGGUUAAGGGUCGCGCUUGGUAAGAUGCCUCGCUAGUUAACCAACUUCGGCGCGCUGAAAACGAGAAUUGUUUCUGCCUAUCCACCCACCGACGCCCUGCGACUUAUUCGGUUCUCAGACAGUUUUCCCAGCAGAGCUUUGUGAAGAGAUUCGCUUGAAGUUUCUUUCAGUAUUUCCCUUCAAGGAUAAAAUUAUUAACUAGCGAUCGCAGGAAUCCAACCCAACGCUUGCUGCAGCCCAGGCUCCCACAAAACGUCGGCUGAACGUGUCAUCGGUGCACCGACACCACCGUGUUCCGAGCUUGGACCGAGAGGUUUGCACCGCGUCGCCGACUGCAAGUCUAGCCACUGCGGCGUAAUACUCCGUGUUACGGUUAUAUUUAUCGAUCCCAUGUGCCGCUGUCCGGCAUUGUUUUAGAUGGACGUUGGCCGCCACAUCAAUCCAUCUGCACAAACUGCCUCCACAUCCGCGAAUUCCGACCCGCAACCCCCUCCACACCACUCUCCUUCCGACUCUCCCCAUUCACCCUACUCCGGUCAAGGACACGGUGAUAACCGAGCCGUUCCAGGGGCUGCGCCUGGGACGGUUACUGGGACGGGAUCAAAUGUUGGAGGGCCCGAUUCGUUAGCGGACCUGAAACGGCCCCGAGCCUGCGAGGCUUGUCGACAACUGAAAGUCCGGUGUGAUCCCGAUACAAAUCAUCCAGAUGGAUCGUGCAAGAGAUGUACAAAGGCGAAUCGUCGCUGCAUCGUCACGGUGCCGACUCGAAAACGACAAAGGAAGGCUGAUAGUCGCGUUGCAGAACUGGAAAAAAAGAUCGAUGCGUUGACUGCCAGCUUGCACGCGUCGAGAGCGCAGAAUUCGAGUGGUGAUCAGCCCGAUCCGCCGUUGCGCCAGACGCUGGAACAAGAGGGACUCAGUGCACGCUGGUUGGGACAAUUUCCGUCUCGUAACAAUUCGUUAUCGGGACCACAGUCGAAUGGAGCUUCAGUGUUUGCGGGCGCGAAGAGACAUCAUAGCGGGGAGCUUAAGAAACCGCCAGUGAGCCGCAUUUUUGCUCCACUGCCGGCGCGACACCGCAGCCCAUCGGACGAUGGACCUACGGGUGCGCACAAUGCACAUAUGCGUGGGAGUGGCGAUGGAGACUGGCCGCCGUUGUAUUCUUCCUUUGAACCUGAAGCCAAACCUCGAGUGGAAAAUGAAUACAGGGAUGUUAUUGACCGAGGGGUUGUCGAUAUAGAAACUUCGACAAAGGCGUUUGAGCGUUACGUGAACGAUAUGGCCCCAUCUGCUCCUUUUGUUGUGUUCCCCCCAGGCACCACGAUGUCCGACGUCCGCCGCACGAAACCGGUUCUUUUUCUUUCAAUUCUCUCCAUAUCAAUCGCUACAUUUUGCCCUCAAUUACAGCUGCCAUUACAGAAUGAAACACACCGUGUAUUUGCAGAUCGAAUUCUGGUACGGGGAGAGAAAUCACUCGAGCUUGUCCAGGCUCUCCUCGUGGCCACACUCUGGUAUCUCCCCCCGGACCACUUUGAGGAACUCAAGUUCUAUCAAUUUAUUCAUACGGCCGCUGUCAUGGGCGUGGAUAUUGGAAUGAACAGAAAAACCAAACCGAAUUCCAAAGCUUCAGAGAUGUGGAAGGAGAUCUUUGGGAAUAAAGUACUUAUAGUCGACCCUAAGUCUCUUGAAGUGAGAAGAGCAUGGCUGGGAUGCUACUCCAUGGCUGUCAAUGCAUCUAUCUCUUUGAGAAGACCACUUUUCGUACGCUGGCAACCCUACAACGACGAAUGCAUCGAUAUGCUCAAGACCUCUCCCGAUGCAUUGCCUUCCGAUCAGACUGUGAUUCAUUGGGUUAAACUAGCACAUAUUACGGAGGAUGUUGGCUUCCAGUUUUCGAUGGAUGAUCCUACCACCAAUGUGAAUAUCACUGAUCCAAAGAUACAAUAUGCCUUAAAGGGUUUUGAGAGACAGCUGGAUGACUGGCGUAAAGAGGUGCCAUCGGAUCUAUAUACUCCUGUACUUGCACAUCACGAUCACAUAUUAAACAUAUAUAUGCACGAGAUCGGAAUGCACAUCGACCAUAACAUCGACGACUUCAAACCACCAUUCAUCGCGGAUAUUGGCGAGGACAGUCCAGCCGACCUGGGUACUGCGGCCCAUGUUGAUGCAUUGACAACUUGUUUAACUUCGAUUCACAAAUCGCUUCAGUUGUUCUGCUCCAUUGGGCACCAAGACCUGAUGUGCCUUCCAACAAUCUACUUUGUCCGUAUGACUUAUGGAUCGAUUGCACUACUUAAGCUGUUUUCGUUGGUGAUAUCGUCUGGGAGCCGGCUCAGCCACAUUUUCAAUCCCGCAGAUUUCAAAGUUGAAUAUUUCCUUGACAAGCUAAUCCAGCAUUUACGAGCAUGUGGCGACACGGAUGGUGGACGUCUUGGAGCUAAAUUCGCUCUGAUAAUAGCCAUGUUAAAAAGUUGCUACAUGCGAAGUAAAGAUAAACGGCAGCCUUUGGUCGUGCCUCCUUUCCUUCAGCCGAGAGAUUCUGACGACGCGAAUCCUAACUCGUUGAAAUUAUCCGGUCUAAAUAGCAAAGCUUCUGCGGAUGGCGGCCCAACACCCUUGCAUGUUCUUAGCGAAGUAGCCACUGGCCAUCCGCAAGAUGUGACUUCGAAGCAGGAGCAGAGUAACCAACAUCAAGCACCACAAAUUUCACCACCAGGUGAAGCCAGAAAUCCCUCUGUGACCAUUCAUCCGAGCACCCAUUCCGAACCUAUUGAUCAGACAGCUCCGACCACCAAGACAAUUCCCUCCGAUACACCAAUUUCCGGGCCCACCGGUGUUCUUAUGACUCCCUACAUUAAUCAACAAAUGGGACUUGGGCCUAUCUCGGCACCUCAUCCUGCCAUCACUGCCGGAUAUCAACCAACAUAUAGCCAGCAUCCAGGCUUCACACCAGCACCAGGAACGAUGGAGGGGACAGGACAGCAGCAGGAUGUCUGGUCGCAGGGAUUCCUUCCGGACGCGGAUCUUAAUCUCGCAUUGGCUCUUCAGGGCAAUGUGUGGGAUGAUGACUUGUUUUCAUUCGGGCUCGACUGGAGCGACAGAGCGUUUUGAAUCGAAUUUUAUAUAUAUAACAUUUUUAAUAUUUGGUCACACAAUUUGCUAGUCGUGACUGCUGCCAGAUCAAGAAAUGGACGGACUUUUGGCGGAUGUUGUCUCCCUUUCCCUUUGCCCCUUGUAUUCUUUCUCCCCUGUGGCAUUUUUAUGGCAAUAGUAUGUUGUGUGUUAUAUCCAGCGUGGAAAAAAGUUUUAUUGGUAAAGGCGGUAUUGGUAGUACCCUAUGCUUCAGAUACAUUUCUCCCCUCCGGUGUUUUGGCUGGCACAUGGAUGUAUGCGUCCACGAUUGCACUGACAAUUGCUCCUCUUGAUUCCACUGCGAUGAAGUUGGAAAGUCGCUUGAAAGUCUUUUACUACCAUUGUAAUCGAUAGACGAUAACAAGAUCCUACAGUGGAAUGAAAUUCACUCCAAAGGUAUUCUGAGUCAGGGUUUGUACUAACACACUCGCCAU